GACCCUGCGGGGCCGCACUCCCUCCCCAGCGGGGGCCCGCGGAGCCUCCGGGAGGAGAGGCUCCCGCCAGCCCUCCCUGAGCUGCGGCCUGGGCAUGGAGGGGCCACUCGCUCCGCCGAUGGGGUCGGGGCUGCUUCAGCCGCUGCUGCAGGGAGGCGGAGCCGCCGCCGUUCCGGAGCCGGGAGCCCGGCAGCACCAGGGACACGAGACGGCGUCGCAGCGGUACAGCGCCCGCCUGCUGCAGGCCGGCUACGAGCCCGAGAGCAUGGCGGACUACCUGAUCAGCGGCGGCACCGGGUACGUGCCCGAGGACGGGCUCACGGCGCAGCAGCUCUUCGCCAACGCCGACGGCCUCACCUACAAUGACUUCCUGAUUCUCCCCGGCUUCAUAGACUUCAUAACUGAUGAGGUGGACUUGACCUCAGCGCUGACCCGGAAGAUCACGCUGAAGACACCACUCAUCUCCUCCCCCAUGGACACUGUGACAGAGGCCGACAUGGCCAUCGCCAUGGCACUGAUGGGCGGUAUUGGCUUCAUCCACCACAACUGCACCCCAGAAUUCCAGGCCAAUGAGGUGCGCAAGGUCAAGAAGUUUGAGCAGGGCUUCAUCACAGACCCCGUGGUGCUGAGCCCCACACACACGGUGGGUGAUGUGUUGGAUGCCAAAGUCCGGCACGGCUUCUCGGGGAUCCCCAUCACCGAGACAGGUGCCAUGGGCAGCAAGCUGGUGGGCAUCGUCACCUCUCGGGACAUCGACUUCCUGGCCGAGAAGGACCACACCACCCUCCUCAGUGAGGUGAUGACACUACGCAACGAGCUGGUGGUGGCUCCGGCAGGGGUGACGUUGAAAGAGGCGAAUGAGAUCCUGCAGCGAAGCAAGAAAGGGAAGCUGCCCAUUGUCAAUGACCAAGAUGAGCUGGUAGCUAUCAUUGCCCGCACUGACCUGAAGAAGAACCGGGACUACCCAUUGGCAUCCAAGGACUCCCACAAGCAGCUGCUGUGUGGGGCAGCUGUGGGCACCCGGGAAGAUGACAAGUACCGCCUGGACCUGCUGACACAGGCAGGCGUGGAUGCCAUUGUGCUGGACUCAUCCCAAGGGAACUCUGUGUACCAGAUUGCCAUGGUGCAUUACAUCAAGCAGAAGUACCCCCACCUCCAGGUGAUUGGGGGCAAUGUGGUAACUGCAGCCCAGGCCAAGAACCUAAUAGACGCCGGUGUAGACGGGCUGCGCGUGGGCAUGGGCUGUGGCUCCAUCUGCAUCACUCAGGAAGUGAUGGCCUGUGGACGGCCCCAAGGCACUGCAGUCUACAAGGUGGCUGAGUACGCCCGGCGUUUUGGAGUGCCGGUCAUUGCAGAUGGUGGCAUCCAGACCGUGGGACAUGUGGUCAAGGCCCUGGCCCUUGGUGCCUCUACAGUGAUGAUGGGCUCCCUGCUGGCCGCUACCACAGAGGCCCCUGGUGAGUACUUCUUCUCAGAUGGAGUAAGGCUGAAGAAGUACCGGGGCAUGGGCUCGCUGGACGCUAUGGAGAAGAGCAGCAGCAGCCAGAAACGAUACUUCAGUGAAGGGGAUAAGGUGAAGAUUGCACAGGGUGUCUCAGGCUCCAUCCAGGACAAAGGCUCCAUCCAGAAGUUCGUGCCCUACCUCAUAGCGGGUAUCCAACAUGGCUGCCAGGAUAUUGGUGCCCGGAGCCUAUCUGUCCUGCGGUCCAUGAUGUAUUCAGGGGAGCUCAAGUUCGAGAAGCGGACCAUGUCGGCUCAGAUCGAGGGUGGCGUCCACGGCCUGCACUCUUACGAGAAGCGGCUGUACUGAGGACGCAGGAGGCCGGGCCGGCGGAGGGGGUGCACCCCAAGGUCCUCCUCAGGACAGCACCUCCCUCCGCAACUGAGCAUCCACAGAUUUGCACUAUGGGUUCCUAGCUCCUUCCUGGGGAGAGAGGAGGGAAGGCCCCCCCUCCCCAACAACGCAUCCCUUCCAGAGUCAGGACUGCUCUCUGGGCUGGGCUGUCCCGGGAGCUCCCUCCAGGGGGCACUCGCUCUCCAGUUGUUCCCCCACCCCUACAUGAGCCCAGCCAGCCUGGGCUCUCGGGCCAUGUGCCUGCCUCAGGUCUCUCUCGCUGCAGCCUGCUCAGGCUGGCUCCCCUCCUGGGCCAGGUGGUCCCUCUUGGCUUCCCCUGUAGGGCAUCUCCCUCUCUGCCGUGCACCUCCAGCCCCCCCAGAAAUGGUGCUCUCUUGGCCCAGCCUCUGGUCCUUCCUGGGCUGCUGCCCCACUCCACCCCAGCCAUGUGGCUGGCACUUCUGGGCUCUUGACCUAGGCCGGAGGGAGGUCUCUGCCCCCUCCCCCAGGCCCAAGGCCAUUUGGGACCUGCUCCUCAGGCCAUCCCCCCUUGUCCCUGACCCCAGGGACGAGUCCUGACUCCCCACCAGCUCCAAGUGUCCCCCCUCCUCAGCUGCAGUUGAAGGCUUUAACUUUGCACACAUUGGGGUCGCAGCCGCGUUAUUGUAUAAGGAACAAUCCAAAUAAAUCAAAGAGGUCUGGA